AGCGGCUUACCAGAUCUGCGCUGUUCUGGGUUCAGUUGACGUACUCUGCAUUCAGACUUGAUCAGAAACAUGAUGUUUGUAAAUUCAGCCGUGCUACCGUAUAACGUAACUCGCGUAUCUCAUUAUGCCUUUACCUUCAUUUACACAGCUUUGGGGCUUGAUACGUGUGCCAUCAAGCAUUAAAGACGACGAACUCCCAACUGUCCGACCGGACGGUUCCUCUCAGCCUGAUGCGGACCUCGAACGCGAGCGAUCAAGGCUGAAUAUCCAAGCCAUCGAAGAUUUUCGACCAGGAUAUCCUCGUUUCACUGCUCUCAUAUCGGCGCACAAUCCGUUUCUCAUAUUGCGAAGAUUUACACAACUUCGGGCGCGACUCUUGCUGCUUAAGCAGGACAGACUCACUGAUUUAGAGCAGAAGCUGAACGAGAUCGACAGCCAUGAACGGAGAGUAUUAUUUCUAGGACAGAGUCGCCAUGAUGCGAACGAGGAACGAGCGGCAAUAUUGACAGAUAUAGAGUCUUGUAUUAACGAUUAUGACAAAUUUGCGACGCAAACAAAACAGAUACUAACCAUACCCCCUGCACAUACCAGGGAUGUGAAUAGUUUACAAAACUGGCUGCAGGGUACUGGUUGUAUCUCUAGAGAAGAGACGGCCUAUCUCUCGCACCAUGAAGAGCUCAUGUCACUUGCUGCCGAGGAUGACGAUGCUAUGAUACAGCUCGGUAAUUGGGUGGAAUCUGGCCUCAUGCGAAUUUCUAGCGACUCUCUAAAGCAUCAAUUUCAGCUCCGAUCUAAUGACAGCAAUAUUUACAUAUAUCCCGGCACUCUGGUCAAACGCACCGCCUACGUGCUUCUUCUUUCGACCGUCUGCCUGAUUCUUCUUCUGCCAAUCAUGAUCUGCAACUUAUUCAGCAACAUAUCCGCUCGACUGGUCAUUGUUAUGAUCUUUACUGUCAUUUAUCUUCUACUACUCUCCUGGUUGGUCAGGGUAAAGACAAAGGACCUGAUACUGGCGGGGGCUACGUAUGCGACGGUGCUAAUAGUUUUUGUGUCAGGAACCAGUGUUCUCACAUAAAGUUUUCAUGGUGUAAGCUUCGCGACAUAUUCUGCUGCUGACGCGCUUCGUGCUAACUUUGCACUGGAGUUAGUUCUUGAACUCUAGUUACUCGCAUUGUCAUAGCUUACAAUUGUUUUUAUUUCCUAGAACAUUUUAAUAAACUACUAUUAGAGUU